CUGAUCGGAGGGCGAUGAGUGACGCACCUGCCCUGGCUUGCUGAUGCAAGGGGAUCGCUGCCUGCCGGAGAGGCGCGGAGGGAAGUGGCCGGUUCCGCAGACAAAAUCCUCCAGGUUGCUUUGAAGUUUAUGGAGUAAAGGAAGUUGAAAGACGCACUUUAAAUUGUGAAUAUAAAAGAUCCUCCACACUCCUGAGAAUGGCAGACGUUCAGAAUGGCGUUUUUUGCUCCCUUAAUCCACUUGAACUCUUUGAACAAGUAACCACACAGGGAGAAAAAGUCAGAUCGCUAAAAGCCGAGAAAGCACCAAAGGAUGAAAUUGAUUCAGCAGUUAAGUUAUUAUUGUCAUUGAAACUGAGCUUCAAAACAGCGACAGGCCAAGAGUAUAAAGCAGGUUCCCCUCCGACAGAUUUCACUCCAGUUGGUAACGGUCCAGGUGAUGCUGAAGAAGAUGAUGUCAUCGACCCUUGGACAGUACAGACAUCCAAUGCAAAAGGGGUAGAUUACGAUAAACUCAUAGUUCGAUUCGGAAGCAGCAAAAUUGAUAAAGACCUCAUCAAUCGAAUAGAGAGAGUUACAGGCCAGAAACCGCAUCACUUCCUUCGCAGAGGCAUCUUCUUUUCUCACAGAGAUAUGAACCAAGUACUUGAUGCAUAUGAAAACAAGAAGCCAUUUUAUCUGUAUACAGGCAGAGGUCCCUCAUCCGAGGCAAUGCACGUUGGUCACCUCAUCCAAUUUAUUUUUGCAAAGUGGCUACAAGAAGUAUUUAAUGUUCCCUUGGUCAUACAGUUGACUGAUGAUGAGAAGUACCUCUGGAAAGAUCUAACAGUUGAGAAAGCUUACCAGUAUGCUGUAGAAAACACCAAGGACAUUAUAGCCUGUGGAUUUGACAUCAAUAAAACCUUCAUCUUUUCUGAUCUCGAUUAUUUGGGGACAAGCCCAGGAUUCUACAAGAACAUUGUUAAAAUUCAGAAGCAUGUGACAUUCAACCAAGUGAAAGGAAUCUUCGGUUUUACAGACAGUGACUGUAUAGGAAAGAUCAGUUUUCCUGCUAUUCAAGCAGCUCCAUCGUUCAGCUCUUCAUUUCCCCAGAUCUUCAACGAUAAGAAGGACAUUCAGUGUCUGAUCCCAUGUGCAAUUGAUCAGGAUCCCUAUUUCAGGAUGACGAGAGACGUGGCUCCUCGGAUUGGCUUUCCCAAGCCAGCGUUGAUGCAUUCAGUCUUCUUUCCAGCCUUACAAGGAGCACAGACAAAAAUGAGUGCUAGUGACCCCAACACCUCUAUCUUUCUGACAGACACACCCAAGCAAAUAAAAACAAAGGUCAAUAAACAUGCGUUCUCUGGUGGCAAAGACACUGUGGAAGAGCACAGGCAGUAUGGGGGCAACUGUGAUGUCGAUGUGUCUUACAUGUACCUCACCUUCUUCCUUGAAGAUGACGACAAGUUGGAAAAAAUCAAGCAGGCCUAUUCAAGUGGAAUGCUGCUUACAGGAGAGCUCAAGAAAGUGCUGAUUGAAACUCUUCAGCCUUUGAUUGCAGCUCACCAGCAAAGGCGAAAGCAGAUCACAGAUGAAAUGGUGAAGGAAUUCAUGACUCCACGGAAGCUGGCAUUUGAUUAUUAAGUCUAGAAGUGCAUGCUAAUUAAUCAGUACAUGUAGGACACGGUGGAUUGAUCUUAUCCUAGCCUCUUGUUGUAUGUCGCCUCUCCCUGCACUGUACAGGCUGCUGCCAGCAUUGCUUCUAACAGUUCACCUGCAAAGUUAUCCACAGUCAACAUCAGCGACCAUUUUGGGAAAUAUUAUACUUGUGUUUGGAAGAACCAGACAUUAGCUACAGAUUUCGUUGCACUUUUAUAGGUUAGCAGGAUCACCUGGAAAAUCACCUGGAAAUAAUUGUUUAUCAACAGAGUACCUUGUUUCCUAGAACAUGUUAUUAAAAAAAAUCCUAAUGUCACAUUAAUAAAGAUUUCUGUGUAAUGCCAGGUUCUACUUAAGUUAAAUGUGUUUUUUAUAACUAGUACAAGUUCCUGUUUCAAAUAUAAACUUAACUCUUUGGUCCAGAAUGUUUCUUCUUUUCAGGUCUCUAAUUACAGUGAAUAAUUGUAAUAUUGCCUUCUGAAAAACAUGCUGUUUUUGUGAGUUUCACAAGGGCAGCCAUAAAUGUGCUUCUGUCUGCAGAUAAAAGCACAGGACAAUUGGUGGAUUUUUUUAUGAAUGAGAGCUAGCUGAGACUUAUGCUGGCUGUACUGAGCACUUUUAAGUAGAGUUUUGGUUCUGACAAACGGUGCUAGGUUUAAUUCUACACUGUAAAACAGGAAAGUAAUAAUACCUGUUAUUUCUCAGGGGUGGUAUGGAAUGCGGAAAGAUUAUCACAAUAAAAGCUGUGUAGAUAAGUGCAAAA